UCGCGUGAGCGCGCUGAGGCGGCCAUGACGUCACUCUCUCGGCGGCAGGGAGCAGCACGACACGCGGCUAUGUGCUCUGAGCGACGCCGCCUCUCUCGCUCCCCUUUUUGCCUGACUUUCCCCGCUUCCGGACCUCAGGUAAACGCUUCCAUCAGUACCCUGAAGGACAGGAUUUAAGAGGACUGAAGAUGAUGAUACUCAGCGUGGCUUCACUCAGCGGGACAUCACUUGCCAUGGACACAUGCAGAUGUCUGCAGUGAAGCUCAGGAGGAAACUGGAGGUGAGGGGAGGCAAUAACAGGUGGAUCUGAAGGUGUGGAUAAAAGCUGAUCAUCAUGGGUAAAUCCAACAGCAAGCUCAAGCCAGAGGUGGUGGAGGAGCUGACAAGGAAAACCUACUUUACAGAGAAAGAAGUGCAACAGUGGUACAAAGGCUUCAUUAAAGAUUGUCCCAGUGGCCAGCUUGAUUCUGUGGGCUUUCAGAAGAUAUACAAGCAGUUCUUUCCUUUUGGAGAUCCCACAAAGUUUGCCUCUUUCGUGUUCAAUGUGUUUGAUGAAAACAAGGAUGGACGCAUCGAGUUCUCAGAGUUCAUCCAGGCGUUGUCUGUGACUUCUCGCGGGACACUGGAUGAGAAGCUUAGAUGGGCGUUCAAGCUGUAUGACCUGGAUAAUGACGGCUACAUCACCCGUGAUGAGAUGUUGAACAUAGUAGAUGCCAUUUAUCAGAUGGUGGGAAACACGGUGGAGCUUCCAGAAGAAGAAAACACACCAGAAAAGCGAGUGGACCGCAUUUUUGCAAUGAUGGACAAGAAUGCAGACGGAAAGCUGACUCUGCAGGAGUUCCAGGAGGGCUCCAAGGCUGACCCCUCUAUUGUUCAAGCGUUGUCUCUCUAUGAUGGACUCGUGUAGGAAUGGAAGGUGAGCACGCCACCUGCAUACUCCGACAAGUGAGGAAAGUUCCAACCCACAAUUGUGCUUUUUCCCCCCCCCAGCACAAAGCUAAUAUAAAUAACAGUGUGUGUAGUGGCCAUAUAUAAGGAACACAAAAAAAAACAACACAUUGAACGGCCCGAUUCCAAAGCGAAGCAGCUGCUUUCUGCUCUCAGUUUGUUCUUAUGAAUUAUUCAAGCGACCCACUUGUUUGCUGGCAAUCAAAUGGUCUUGCAGUGCCGAGCGAAGAGGAAGACAAGCCUCUCUCCUCUCUCGCUGCCUCAUGUAAUCCACCAGCCGCUGCCAAUUGUUGCUGACGUUGUUGUUCAGCGUUUUGUCAACUGUGAAGUGAGCUUGUGAACGCAUAUUUUGAACACGCCGCCGCACCGUCGAAGUGAUUAACCGCGCAUGUUCCGAGGAAAGACAGGUGAUCAUUCGCCAAACCUCUUGGGCGGGUCCAGCUUGGCACCCCAAACAGGGGAAGACAAGGACACUAGCACACUUGCGCAUUCAGUAGUGGACUGACAAUAUUUGAAGUUUCCAUCAGCAGACGUUUGUCAGGAUUUCUUCCCUAAGGAAUCAUACGUAUCUUCGGAUGGCCCUGCCCUUAAUUUAAUGUGCUUAUGCUGCCACUUUAUAUCGUCUGUGCUUUCUUCAGCAAGAGGACAAAUUCCCUCUGAGAGGUUCUCCAGACUUUUCACAUGCAGAACCACAGACUCUGGAAUUGAACAUGGACGGGUUAUAAAAGCAGCGUGUUGUUAAAUGUAAAUAUUAUGGUAAUUUAUUGCCUGCUUUGCUGUAUUGAAGAGAUUCCCCCUCUCUUAAAAAUGGAAUGAAGUUUUAUUUUUUAUCAAAGUUGAACGGAAAUGUUUUGCACUGCAUUUUUCACUACUAUUGUGGGAUUGUUUUGUUCUCACGGUAUGAGUUUCCUCUUGAGAGAAUAGUUUUUAUGUGUCUGAAAGUGUUGACGGAGCGGUGAGUUUUCUAUAGGUUAUUUUACGAUGUUUGCAGCCUGUCAGUCCUUUUGUGUUUUCACUUCCCCGAGUUCCCCGUGAGCACAAGUGUCUGCACUGCAAUGGCCAAGCAACAGCACCAAAUUCUGAGGUCUUGCAUCUGACAAGCAAACACCCCCAUUCUGCUUGUAAACUUUUUGCGAGCAGCUAUUGUCCACUUUGUAUUUGUCCGGCCAAGUGAGGCCAGAGUACGCAAUCGUGCCGUCUACCAAUUCUUAUUCAAUGUAUGAGAUUUUAAUGCCUUAUGCAAAUGGUCAUUUACUCAAUGACAAAUGCCAUUUACCUGUCAAUUAUCAGUAUGAGCGCAAAGAAUAAAAUGCAUUUAUUGUG